AUGAGCGCACCGGUCGUCUUAUUACCCAGUGACGAGGUCCCUCGGGAUCAUCUUCCCACCACCAAGUCUAAUAAUCCUUUGCGACUGGGCCCUGGCCUUCGCCUCCUCUCACAGCCUUCGUCAACAGCUGGUGAUUCCAAACAUGUUGUGACAGCGACACAAGCAGGUCUUUUGACCACCGAUGCGAAGAGAAACACAGUCUCACUUCUUUCUUUUCCGAACCGCCGAUAUGUCCCCACUGCCAACGACCUCAUUAUUGCCCAAAUCCACCAUUCUAGCAUCGAUUUCUUCCACUGCAUAGUCACACCCAACACAGCACACGCUUUACUGGGCCAACUAUCCUUUGAGGGCGCAACAAAAAAGACGAGGCCAAUGUUGAAGCAAGGCGAGCUAGUAUAUGCUCGGGUCCAAUCCGUGGGAGUCGGUGCCGGCGCCGAAGUUGAACUCACCUGUGUCAACCCCGCAACUGGAAAGGCCGACGGAGGAUUAGGUCCGUUGGUUGGAGGAAUGGUCUUCGAUGUCUCGACUGGCAUGGCUGCUCGCCUCAUUCGCGCAAGCUCUGCUUCAGCUGAUAACACUGAACCGGUUGAAGGGCUGGUAGUUCUCUCUGAACUCGGGAGAAAGUUGGAGAGCUUAGGAGGAUUUGAACUUGCUGUGGGACGAAAUGGAAAGGUCUGGGUGGAUUGUUCCAAUGCUGGCGAGAGUGCUAUCAAGGUCACUAUUGCCAUUGGGCGCUGUUUGCAGGAGACUGAUCAGCAGAACCUCCAUCCUCAUGAUCAGAAGAAACUGGUGACGAAAGUCCUGCGGGAUAUGAAGCUUGUAUCGUAA